CAAACCGCGCGCGAGGCGGGGAUUGGUCGAGGCCGCGGGCAAGAUGGCGGCGCCCACGGGGCUGUGCUGAGGGGGGAGGGGGCGGCUCCCGGUGUCCCCUCAGGGUCCCCUCGGUGUCCCCACCGCCAUGUGGAGGGGUCGCUGCUGUCGCUUGCUGCUGGGCUGCGCCCCCCGGCCGGGCCCCGGUGUCCUCAAGGGGACGGGGAGGGGGCGCGGGUACGCCCCGCCGGCAGAGAGGAAGAGGUUUUACCAGAACGUGAGCAUCUCACAAGGAGAAGGAGGCUUUGAAAUAAACCUGGACCACCGCAAGCUGAAAACGCCGCAGGCCAAGCUCUUCACCGUCCCCAGUGAGGCUUUGGCCAUCGCAGUGGCGACGGAAUGGGACUCCCAGAAAGACACCAUCAAGUUCUACACCAUGCACCUGACCACGCUGUGCAACACAGCCCUGGACAAUCCCACGCAGCGAAGCAAAGCGCAGCUGAUCCGUGCAGCCGUGAAGUUCCUGGAGACCGACACGGUCUGCUAUCGUGUGGAGGAGCCAGCUGCCUUGGCAGAGCUGCAGAAAAACGAGUGGGAUCCCAUCGUUGCCUGGGCUGAGAAAAGGUACAACGUGGCAAUCGGUUCCUCCACCAGCAUCAUGGGGCCAAACAUCCCAGCCAGCACCAGGGACACCUUCAGCAGCCACCUGGCCUCCUACAACAUGUGGGCUCUGCAAGGUAUAGAAUACGUAAUCACCCAGCUGAAAUCUCUCAUUCUGUCCAUGGGCCUGAUUGACAGGCACAUUACCGUGGAGAAAGCCGUGCUUCUGUCUCGGCUGGAGGAAGAAUACCAGAUUCAGCGGUGGGGCAAGGUGGAGUGGGCCCACGACUACGAUCUGUGCGAGCUGCGUGCUCGUGCGGCCGCUGGGACUCUCUUUGUUCACCUCUGCUCAGAGAGCUCCACCGUAAAACACAAGCUGUUGCAGGACUAAGGCUGCCGGGCCGGGCGGAGGAGGAGAACCCACAGCUGUGAGUCGCUGCUGUGACCCAGGGACGGUCACCACCACGCUGCCACCACACCUCUGGGAUCAGCCUGGAGCUGAGGAGCUCUGGGAGCAGCUCCCUGCUCAGACUGCCUGCUGCGGUGCAGCGCCAGCAGUUUUGAGCCCACGAGGAGGAAAGGUCAAGGUGAGCUCCCUCUGCGUGUUGGAGCCAGCAGCCCUGCCCGUUACCGCUGUCUGGAAUUCAUCUGAUGAGCUCCCAGGGAAGAAGCAGCUUCCUGGGCAGGGCACGGCACAGACACACCCAGCAUAUGCCACAUGUCUUCAGAGCUGCCAGCUCCUGACACGCACUUGUUAUGGAAAUCUGAAAACAGACUCGGCUGCAUCUGUUCUUCAUCCCUCAGUGUGCCUGCGUGUAACACCAGGGUCUCUCUGUUUGAUUAAAGGCACGCCCCUGCUAGAUACAGAAAGCCAA